AUGACUCACCCAAAGUUUGGAAUUAUAUUUCUUGUUCUCAAUAUAUUGUUAUUAUGCCAUUUAGCUUCAUCUCAAAAUUUGAAACAGCCGCGUCUUUGUGAUCCAAACGUUCAACAGUAUUCAGGAUAUUUUAAUGUUAAUAACAACAAGAAUUUAUUUUUUUGGUUUUUCGAAUCAAGAAAUAAUCCCAAACAAGAUCCGAUAGUUCUUUGGAAUGAUAUGUUGAUAACUCAUCACACAUUAUUUCCAUAUGAUCAUUUCUCAUGCUCUGCUAUGAAUUCUCUAUACUUUGAACUGGGGCCUUGCUCUGUUAAUUCAGGAGGAAAUAGUACAUCUCUUAAUCAGUACUCAUUUAAUAACAAUGCUAGUGUUAUUUUCUUGGAUCAACCAGUUAAUUCAGGGUAUUCUUAUGGUGAUUAUGUAUCUGAUACUUUAACCGAUGCAAAAGAUAUAUACACAUUUUUACAAAUGUUUUUCCGAAAGCAUCCUCAAUAUUCUAAUUUAACUUUCCAUAUUGCUAGUGAAUCAUAUGGAGGACAUUACGCACCCGCCUUAGCCUCUAUAAUCCAAUCUAAUAAGAAUAGUACCUCAACGAAUCGUACUCGUAUCAAUCUUGAUUCUAUCUUGAUUGGAAAUGGUCUAGUAACCCCUCUAGUGCAAUUCAAAUCUUUUCCAACCAUGGCUUGUGAUUCAUCUUAUGGAUCAUUAUUUGAUAAUUCCACGUGUAGUCAGAUGAUAGAUAAUUCUACUCAAUGUGCUAACUUGAUUCAAACAUGUUAUAAUACAAAAGCUCCAAAAGAUUGCGUAUUUGCUAAAGAGUAUUGUUAUGAUACAUUGAUUAUACCUGUUGAAAACACUGGUAGAAAUAUUUUGGAUAUAAGACAACAAUGUAGUGGCAUUUUGUGUUAUCCAGAUUUCAUAGACAUCAUAGAGUAUGCUAAUAGUGCAGCCGUUAAGAACGAAUUGGGAAUUAAUUCUUCGUUAAGCUUUCAACUAUGUAACAAUAAUAUUAAUGUCGACUUCAUUAUGUCUACGCUCUUGGAUGGCAAUAUUCGAGUAUUAGUAUAUACUGGUGAUGCUGACUAUCUUUGUAAUUGGUUUGCCGAAAUUUUAAUUAAUAAUCAUUUUGUUCCAGGUAAUGAUGCAUGGACAAGAGCGCUUUCAUGGAGUGGUUCCGCAGGUUUUAACAACGUUAAUUUUACUAAAUGGAUAACAGCUGCUGGUGAUUAUUCUGGAGAUUUUAGAACAUUUAAAGGAUUAACAUUCCUAAGAGUUUUCAAUGCAAGUCAUAUGGUACCUCAUGACCAGCCAGCAGCGAGUUUAGAUUUCUUUAAUAAAUGGAUCUUCAAACAAGAAUUUUAA